AUGCCUUCCACUCCUUCCAAUCGGUUGAGACAAACGCCGUCCAAUUCUCCGUAUCUUCAAUUACCUGCAACACCGAGGACCCCCAGUCGAGGUCGGUACCUACCAGAACCUCGUUUGUCUCUGAGGCGGGUUAUAGGAACAACUUGCGCCUCGCCUACCGGCCUCGACACUUGUCAGUCCUCGUUCGCGUACAUUGCUGGAGGUGCCGUAGUGGUGGUUGAUGUGGAGGGCGAAACAUACAGCCAACGUUUCUACAGGGCGAGACCAACCGCGAUUCCCCUCUAUGGCACCACGAACCAAGGCCUUACACAAACGACGCCGACGGGCACCCCCAAAGCCAACGAUAGCAGGAAUAGGAUACCCAUCCCGCCUAGAGAAUCAUCCUACGGGGCUUUGGACCGUGCAGAUGCGCCAAAGACGUGGACAAGUCGGGAGCGCAUCAAGGCCGCGACAUGUUUGGCCCUGAGCCGUGAUGGGAAAUAUCUUGCCGUUGGCGAGACGGGCUACAAUCCCCGCGUGCUAAUUUUCGGUCUGCAAGAUAGCUCCUCGGACCGACCACUUGUGUCCAUCAACGAGCACGUGCAAGGAGUCACAGCUGUCGCGUGGUCACCCAACACUAGAUUCCUGGCGUCCCUCGGUUCUGCAAAUGAUGGUUUCUUGUAUCUAUGGAGGAUUGAUCCGAGGACUGGCGCUGCCAAGCUCUAUCAACAGAAUCGCUGCGUAUCAUUUAUUCGUGGAAUGAUUUGGAUGGGAAACAACCUCAUUACAUUAGGUGUUCGUCAUGUCAAGGUCUGGCAAGUGGAGGACCCACAGAGCAACUCGCCCACAAAGUCGAGGUUUGGCAAUGAAGUCAAUUCACCGUCUCAGCCACAAAAGGCAUUGCCAGGUCGCAAUGCCUUGCUCGGUGACUUGAUAGAAGCAACCUUCACCUGCGCUGUUACCGUUAGCGAUACCCAGGCAAUCAUCUGCUCUGAAGCCGGCGACAUCUGUCUGCUCGAGGAAAAUUCCAAGCAGAUCAAGCUGACAAGGAUCCUGAAAAUAGGCUUUGCGACUACCUGUGUUGCGGUUCGGCAUGAGGCGAUCUAUGUCUCGGGCAGCUCUGGGGACUUUGCAAUUCUGAAUCUGGAUCAGUUCUUGCAAGGGGACCUCGACUGUAUCACAAGCACCUCGAAAUCUGACGCCUCUCUUUUGGCCCUCGAUUUCCUAACAGAUAACAUGGUCACGGUCGAUAGCGACCAGUCGAUAAACAUCUGGGAUGCCUCGUAUAUGCCGGGGUCUGGAAGCGAAACAUCAACACGUGCACAGAUCGCUGGCAAUGGAGACACUACACAAGGCGUGGGUGCUAUACCACGGUCAAGUCGGUCAGAAGCUACGUUCUAUACAUGGUCUGGGUCUGGUAGCAUUCAGCUUUGGGAUACGCAGGGAAACAUCAAGGAGUCCUUCGACGUGGCCCUCGAGAACGCUACUUUCCAGAACGACGGCGAGCCAGUCAAUCAAAUGACUGCGUGCACAACUACACCAGCUGCCGAUUAUUUCAUCACUGGUGACAAACUGGGAGUGUUGAAGGUGACGGAUGCCGAAACAAAGCAAUGUGUUUUUGAGACCAAGGCACAUUCCAGUCAUUGUCAGCAACUCGCCGCCUUUCAGGAUGAGUCGAACUUCAUGAUUGCAUCGUCUGGUAGAGACAGGACUGCCCAAUUGUUCCACCGGACAUCUUCUGGUCGAUUUGAAUUAUUCCAGACGCUCGAGUUCCCUUCCAAAGUAACACAGGUUCUCAUUCCAUCUCGAGACAAGAUUAUCACGAGCUCAUUGGACCGCUCUUUGCAAGUAUACGAAAUUGUCCGCAAGGAGUCUGAUGGCGAUGACUUGGCAGCUUUCCCAGUCCGGUCAUUUCCUCUCAAGACAUCACCAACAUCAGUUGUCGUGUCGCCAGAUGGCAAAUCAAUCAUUGUGUCCUUGACAGAUCGGUCAGCCUAUAUAUACGACCUCGAGACUGGUAAAUUGGUAAAAUCUUUCAAGUGCACAGACGAGGUCGGCGUUGAGUCGGUAGUGCUGGACUCUCUCAUUUGUCGGCCUGAAAAGGAGCGAGAACCUCCCUUUCUCCUAGGACUUUCGAAUACCGACAAGUCUGUCAGACUAUACAAUGCCACGACAGGCGCGUUCCUGGACCGCGAAUGGGGGCACACGGAAGGUAUCACUGGCGUGACGCUGGUUGAGGAAAAAGACGGCUCCGAGAAAGUCGUCAGCGUGGGAUCGGAUGGGACCAUCAUGUUAUGGGGUCUCGGGUCAGAAGAGCAGGUGACAGGCUCAGCAAGUCGCGAUCCUUCCCCUGCCGGAGAUGUCUCCACUGCCGGUCGAGCUCCUUUGAGACGUGUCAGGUCCAAGGCUGAUCUGAGAGAGUUCCAGAGACCCUCAUCAGUCGCCUCAGGAAGACGGUCAUCGCCCCCACAAACCCUCACCAAGAAACGGUCUCUCUAUGGUUUGACGGGAUCAGCUCCUUUGCGAUCACCAACUUCCACUUUCCAAUCGAGUCCUUCCACUGUCAGGGGCAGCAUGCAUGCUAGGAAAACAUCCUCCGAUAGUCAGGUAUCAAGCCCACCUAUUAGUCCCAAGGUGCGGUCGAUUAGGCGUCCCUCUAUGCCGGCUAUGGACUCGAAGAAAACGAAGAGUUCGUCGAGUUUGAGAGGAGCCAUGAGUCUGACUCUAGCCACGGAGAAUGUUUGCCGAGCGCUACGAGAGUUUCGAAAGAAGCUGGAGUCGGAAGCCAGGGUCAGCGAAAGCGCGUUAGCAGAGCUAGACCAUGAGCUCCGUUUGACGUCUCUAGCCUUGGGUGACCAAGCCAAGCAGAGUCGAGAGCUCAGCAACUCUGUGAUCGAAAACAUCCUCGAUCAAUAUUCCAAUAAGCUAGCAUUGAUGCUAGACGAAAAAUUACAGCUCAACAGCCAGUCGUCGGGAAGACAGGAUACGCCCUCGCCUGAUGAUGAGCAUCGUCCGAACUCGUCGGGGGCCGAGUCGCUUUCAACAGCAACAACAGAUUCCAACUACAGUUCAUAA